GAGUCACACUUGAUAAACUGCUAAACAACCAAGCAACACAACUGGAAUAUUUGUAUGAACGUGCCUUUGGGAAUAUCUAACAUGCUGUUACUACUCAAUGUCAUCCUCACCCUGUGGGUUUCCUGUGCUCAUGCACAAGGAAGAACGUGUGAUUUUCCAGAGAUAAAACAUGGAACCAUAUAUGAUGAAAACAGUUAUAAACAAAUCUUCCCAGUUGACAUAGGGAAAUAUUUCUACUACACCUGUGAUCACAGCUUUGUGUCCCCUUCACAAUUACUCUGGAAUCGAAUAAUCUGUACACAGGAAGGAUGGUCACCAAGACCAAAGUGUCUCAACUCUCAAGGAAAAUGUGGGCCUCCCCCACCAAUAGACAACGGAGACAUUACCUCAUUCCCGGCAUCAGUAUUUCCUCCAGGAUCGACAGUUGAGUACCAAUGCCAGUCCUACUAUGAACUUCAGGGAAACAGACACAUAGUAUGUCAGAAUGGAGAGUGGUCAGAACCACCAAAGUGCUUAGAUGCAUGUGUAAUUUCAGAAGAAAUUAUGAAAAAACAUAACAUCCAGUUAAAAUGGAGACGUGAUAAAAAACUUUAUUCUAAAACAGAUGACACUGUUGAAUUUAUGUGUAAACGUGGAUAUAAGCAAAGGACACCAAAUCAUACAUUUCGAACAACCUGUCAGGAAGGAAAACUGGCAUAUCCUACUUGUGGAUGAAACAGUGGUUAUAGUGUGUUGUAAAACUGAAAUAUGUACAUGUAUUCAGAAUUUUUCAUUAUUAAUCCAAUCCUCAGUUGCUUUUAUCAAGUAAAUCAGAAUUUGUGUUAAGUAUUAUGUGGAUGAUGUAAUUAUAAUCUGGGAGACCAAUGAAUCACUUCUUAAAAGUACUUCAUUAAAACCUGGCAAACCAAAA